ACACUCCAGUGCACCCACUCUCCCCCGAGACCCGCACGCAGUGUGCGAGGGGCCCCGGGCCACCCCAGCCCAACGGACUCGCGGCUGGCCCGUCAUUCCCGGGCGCCCGUUGCGUCACCGGAGCGCGACACUGCAGCGAGCACCGGCGGAGACUUGAAGGGCCGGCAGCUGCAGCCCGUGAAGCCGGCGGAGCUGCGAGCGCCUGCGGCCAGGGCGGCGGCGGGCUGCGGCGGGCUGCAGGGGCCGGGAGCGUCGGGACAGGUGCGUGGUCGCCUCUGCGCCGGAGCCCGCGUGACUCCUGCAAGUUGCCGGGCGCACAUGGUUUAGGAGUCACACUUUAUGUCAUGGAUGAAUCCGCACUGACCCUUGGCACGAUAGAUGUUUCUUAUCUGCCAAAUUCAGCAGAAUGCAGUGUCGGCCAAUGUAAGCAUGCAAGUGAGGAGUGGGAUGAGUGUGGUUUCAGACCUACUGUCUUCAGAUCUGCAACCUUAAAAUGGAAAGAAAGCCUACUGAGCCGGAAGAGGCCGUUCGUGGGAAGAUGUUGUUACUCCUGUACCCCCCAGAGCUGGGAUAAGUUUUUCAACCCCAGCAUCCCGUCUCUGGGUUUGCGGAAUGUUAUUUAUAUCAAUGAAACGCACACCAGGCACCGAGGAUGGCUUGCAAGGCGUCUUUCUUACGUGCUUUUUGUUCAAGAGCGAGAUGUCCACAAAGGCAUGUUUGCCACCAAUGUGGCAGAAAAUGUGCUGAACAGCAGCCGGGUGCAAGAUGCCAUUGCCCAGGUGGCUGCUGAAUUAAACCCUGACGGUUCGGCUCAGCAGCAGUCCAAAGCCAUCAAUAAAGUGAGAAAGAAAGCCAGAAGGAUCCUGCAAGAAAUGGUUGCCACUGUCUCACCAGCAAUGAUCAGACUGACUGGAUGGGUGCUGCUAAAACUGUUCAACAGCUUCUUCUGGAACAUUCAGAUUCACAAGGGUCAACUCGAGAUGGUUAAAGCUGCAACUGAGACGAACCUGCCCCUUAUAUUUCUUCCGGUCCACCGGUCCCACAUUGACUACCUGCUGCUCACUUUCGUUCUCUUCUGCCACAACAUCAAAGCUCCGUACAUCGCCUCCGGCAACAAUCUCAACAUCCCCAUCUUCAGUACCUUGAUCCACAAGCUCGGGGGCUUCUUCAUCAGACGGCGGAUGGAUGAGACGCCAGACGGACGGAAGGACGUUCUGUACAGAGCUCUGCUGCACGGGCACGUAGUUGAGCUGCUUCGACAGCAGCAGUUCUUGGAGAUUUUCCUGGAAGGCACUCGCUCUAGGAGUGGAAAGACCUCCUGCGCGCGGGCAGGGCUUUUGUCCGUGGUGGUAGACACUGUGCGCACCAACACCAUCCCCGACAUCCUGGUGAUACCUGUGGGGAUCUCCUACGAUCGCAUUAUUGAAGGGCACUACAAUGGCGAACAGCUGGGGAAACCGAAGAAGAACGAGAGCCUGUGGAGCAUAGCAAGAGGCGUGAUCAGAAUGCUGCGGAAAAACUACGGGUGCGUCCGGGUGGAUUUCGCGCAGCCGUUUUCCUUGAAGGAAUAUUUAGAAAGCCAGAGUCAGAAACCCGCGUCCGCCCCACUCUCUCUGGAACAAGCGCUGCUACCAGCCAUACUUCCUUCAAGACCCAGCGAUGCUGCUGACGAAGGUGCAGACACGUCCACCAACGAGUCCAGAAAUGCAGAUGAGGAGUCGCUCCGGAGGAGGCUGAUCGCCAACCUGGCCGAGCACAUUCUUUUCACGGCGAGCAAGUCCUGUGCCAUCAUGUCCACGCACAUCGUGGCCUGCCUGCUGCUGUACAGACACAGGCAGGGAGUGGAUCUCUCCACGUUGGUGGAGGACUUCUUUGUGAUGAAGGAGGAAGUCUUGGCUCGUGAUUUCGACCUGGGGUUCUCGGGAAAUUCAGAAGACGUGGUCAUACAUGCCAUCCAGCUGCUGGGCAAUUGCGUCACCAUCACCCACACCAGCCGGAACGAUGAGUUUUUUAUUACUCCCAGCACGACCGUCCCAUCCGUCUUUGAGCUGAACUUCUACAGCAACGGGGUGCUGCACGUCUUUCUCCUGGAGGCCAUCAUAGCCUGCAGCCUUUACGCAGUCCAGAACAAGAGGGGCGCGGGCGGGCCUGCUGGCGGGUCCCCCAGCUUGAUCAGCCAGGAGCAGCUGGUGCGGAAGGCGGCCAGCCUGUGCUACCUGCUGUCCAACGAAGGCACCAUCUCUCUUCCCUGCCAGACAUUUUACCAAAUUUGCCAUGAGGCAGUAGGAAGGUUUAUCCAGUAUGGCAUUCUUACAGUGGCGGAGCAGGACGAUCAGGAAGAUAUUAGCCCCGGUCUUGCUGAGCAGCAGUGGGACAAGAAGCUUCCCGAACGUUUGUCUUGGAGGAGUGAUGAAGAAGAUGAAGACAGUGAUUUCGGUGAGGAGCAGCGAGACUGCUACCUGAAGGUGAGCCAGUCCAAGGAGCACCAGCAGUUCAUCACCUUCCUACAGAGGCUCCUGGGUCCCUUGCUGGAGGCCUACAGCUCCGCCGCGGUCUUCAUCCACAACUUCCGCGGCCCCGUGCCCGAGCCGGAGUACCUGCAGACGCUGCACAGAUACCUCAUCACCAGAGCGGAGAGAAGCAUCGCCGUCUACGCUGAGAGUGCCACGUACUGUCUUGUGAAGAAUGCCCUGAAAAUGUUUAAGGAUAUUGGGGUUUUCAAAGAAACCAAACAAAAGCGGGUGUCCGUUAUAGAACUCAGCAGCACUUUCCUACCUCAGUGCAACCGGCAAAGACUCCUAGAAUACCUUCUGAGUUUCGUGGUGCUGUAGGCGGCGCCGGCACCUCUGGCCGGUGAGGGGCAUGGACGCCCCGGCGCGGCGCGGGCUCCGGCCCUGCUGGAAAGCGGAAGGUGCCAUUGUGUGGCUGGGCUGCCCUGUCGCGACCACGUGACCUCCUGGAAGACAAGUGCCUUCUCCCCCCAGGGAUCCGGGGGCUCCCCGGGCCGAGGCGGCACGGCAGCCCGCAGGCGACGCUGCACGGCCCUCUGCCUGCGCUCGCGGUUCCUAAUCAGUAGGUUACAAAGUGAAAUCUCAAAAAUGAUUCUGGAGUUUAUGAAACUCUCGCGUUUUAAGUGUAACUGUUAAGGACUAAUUACUGUGAAGGACAAAAAAAUGUAGUUGUAUUCUGAACGGAAUCUAGCGUGGUGUACUUAAUGCUGUCGGGCAAUCCACUGGUAUAUUUUCUCAUUAACCGCUCAUCUUCCUUUAAAAGUAAUUAAGUCAUCCACUUACUGUUUUUUUCCCCCCAGUUUUAUCUUUGUCAAUAGAAGGUACCUUUUAUACGGGAACACCCUCCACCCCCACGUGCUUCACGAAAGAACGGGCUGGCACACCCCACACCCAGGCACCACGCUGUGCUGUCCUGCGCAGUCAGAUUCAGAAAGGGUGUGACGAACUACGGGAAAACACAGUGUUUGAUGAGGUCAGGGACAGAGGUGAUGUGAUCGACAGCUAACGCCAGGAGGCACAAUUUGGCUGGCAUGAUUCAAGGCAAACCUGGCCAGAAAACUGACUUUGAACAAUUUUGCUCAUGGGAAAAAAAGUGCCACUGAGUUUUUAUUGACCAGCAAGUAUUUAGGAAUGACUUCUGUUUCAUGUCUGUUUCCUCUCCCACCCCUCAGGGGGUGCCUGCCUCUCACGGGGGCGGCUGGUCUUUGGAGAUCCUCCAGCCAGGGAGCAGCUGUCCGGACCUCACUAGCUCAGCCCGACGGGCCGUGGGCAGGACUGUGCACGGAGCCUGGUCCAGGUGACUGGUGCCCACGCGAGGUGUGCGGUGUGCAGCGCGGGCAGCACUGGUGGGGGCCCUGCUGAAUGGUGGAUUGUCAAAGGCAUUUAUUGUGGACCUUUAGCUUUGAGGAAAAGUCGUGGCCCUUUAAAAAUUUAGAGGCAUUAUGUGCCUCAAGUCCGACGCCACGUAGUAGCCGAUCAUUGUGUCAGCCUGUCUGUUCCUGAUAGGCAGGAGCCUUCCUUUCUGUGAGCGGGGAGCGCAUGUGUUCGCUAAGUGUGGUGAUUGUGGUGGUUUCUUGAGGAUCAUGUGAUAGUGAAACGUCUUCCAGCAGCUCACUCUUCCUCCUCUCCGUGGUCUCAUGGAGUGAGGAACUUUUCCUAAUGAAUACUGCAUCUAGUCUUUGCAUUUAGUAUAAAAGUACGGAGAAUGAAGUUUGUACUUCCAUAAGCUUGUCUUGUAAACACUAAUCGUAUUUCAUGAAUACUCUGUGUGUGCGGGGAGAGGGCAGGACACUGAUUGAUGCUUCACUUUGUCUAAAAUAAUCUCGUAGCAAUAAUGGGGCUGUGGUGGCCCCCCACCCCCCUUCGGGUCCCCCGCUGGGGUUAUGUUCCUUUCUGACGGGGACGCCUGCACCAUGUAAGCCAUGGUCAUCAUCGUUGCUGAGGCUCUGGCGUGGAGCGGGGCCUCCACCUUGUAGCAUUUCAUUUCCCUAAGUGGGGGUCCUGGGUCCGGGGAUGCACAGGGAGGCUUACCUGUCCCCGAGUGUAUUCUUCCUCUAGGCCAGCACACGUUGCACUAGUCUCUUCUCUUCAUCCCCUGAAUGAAAGACCCAGGAGUCCUCAGACCGGCCCUCGGCUCUCUGGGACGUCAGGGUUGGGACCGACUUCCUCGUGGGCACCGCUGCCCUGCUUGCGACUGCUGCUGAAAGCCGCCGCCUGGCCGGGCUGAGCAGGGCGCGGCGGCUUCUCCGGCUGCACUUCCCCUCGAGGUCGGUCUGUUUUCUGGAAAUCUAACCAGAUGCUUCGAGGAAUGCAACCUGUGAUCCCCUAGCUCUCUCGCCACUCAACUCACUGUGAGACUAAUAUGCAUGCUUUUUUUGUAAGUAACUGGUGCUUUGAAAACCUUUUUUAAGGAAGAAAAAUCCCAACCAAAGGCACGCCCCCCAGGCCAGCUGUCCCCCAAGCGAAUGUCCCCACAACUCAUCCUCAGUGCCUCGUUGCCGAGAACACACGUGGCAUCCCAGUCCGGCUUCCAGGUAGCAGUUUCGCUUCAGAGAUUUAUUUUCACUCUUUUCCAAAAGCGAAUGGCUUCCAUGUAAGAUUCAACAGACAAAUUAGGUGCUUGUCAAUAAUGUAUUACAGUUUACUCUCUUGCAUUUCUCUGAAACCGAAAUGCAUGCCUUCUAGGGAAAGACUGUGAGUCAAGUUAAAAACGCAAAUGAAAAAAACCCAAUAAUAAACAGGAGGAAAUGGCACUCCUUCCAGAUGAGAGUGUCCCGAGUAAUUCAGAAGAGGGGAAGGAAUUUUUUGCUCUCUUAAAUUUUAUGGGAAACACAGGGUAAGAGCUAGCUGGUGUGGAACCAUCCCGCCAGGAGAGGGAACCCCACGAGCCAGCCUCCUCCGCCCAGGGGGUCCCGGGGAGCCCUGAGGGGCAAGGAGGAGCUGCGUGGGGGAUCGUCCUGAGUCCCAGGCGGGUGGGGGAGCAUCUCCCGUAGUUCCCGGCGCAGUUCGAGUGCGGCGUCCGCAGCGGUCCUGGGGAACAAAGUGCCACUGGUGACGUCAGCGUGGACGGGGAUCCUCUUCCCGAGACCCCAUGCACGGCCGCACAGCCAGGCUCGGCCCCGCGAGGACUGAGCCCGUGUAACCCAGCGUUUCCGCACGUGUCUCCCCAGGGCCUCUUCCCCCUCUGGGACUUCCGGGAACCGGAACUCUCACUGGGUUCCCUCGGGAGACACCAGGCCGGGCAGUCGCUAAGGUGGCACGAAGGCCGAAUCCGUGUGGAUUCCGCACAGAUGUCACGUUGGACGCCUGUGCGCUUCCUCCCUUCGGGACAGGGAGCACGGAGAACCUCAGGACGGGGGUUCGAGCCUCUCCUUUGACGGGAAGGCCGGCCAUUGGCCAUCCCGGGCUUUUUCACUACAAGUAGCAAAACUAACAGAGAUUAACUGGGGUAAGCGAUUACGAUUUUUAUUCCAAUUUAGAUACAAAUAUUGCACAAUUGAAUGUACAAUAGAUUUUUAUCCACCGGUGGUUCUAGUGUUCAGCAGCGACAGGACCUAUUCCUGAAGUUUAUAAGACUUAAUUUGGAACGUACAUCUGUUUUUUAAAACACUCUUUUUAGGAACUCGAGACUUGGCAGCUGGCAUUUGAGUUUAAUACAAACUAAUGACUGCAUUUUGACUUUAUUUCUGAACACGUAAAGCCCAGAAAUGCCUUGAUGGGAGGUGUUGAACUAUUUGCCUGUUGCACAGAGAAACAUUAAAAUUGUGUGAAAAGUUGCUUUUACUGUGAAAUUACAUGGCGUGAUUUUGUGAGCGGCACUUAUUUGGAAACCUUGAUCGAUUUUUAUGAGUGUUCAUGUAUUGUAAGAAGCACAGAAUUGUAGUUUUGUUUUAAUAAACCAAAAAAAUAGUGA